CUCACAAAGCCAAACUUCCGCGCCAACUUCAUACAUUCGACUAUGAUUUACUGGAAGAUUUGCGUAUCGCUGAUUAGGAGGCAACAAUGGUGCCCUAGUGUCUUGUAUAUGAUGUAGAACAAAUUUCAUUCUGACCAUGGCUGACAAAAUAGCUGGUGUUGAAACUGCAGCUAAGAAGGUGCUGACCCGUGCUGUUGAGCUUGAUGCUAGCCGAAGGUUUGAUGAAUCCGUAGUCUGCUAUCAGGAAGGGAUCCAUCUGUUGAUGGAGGUCCUCAAAGGUACCAGUGACCAGACGAAAAAGAAUGCAGUAAGAAAGAAGAUAGAGGAGUACAUGGGACGGGCAGAACAAAUCAAGGUUCAUGUCCAGGAGGUCAAGGAAGCUGGGAAGUCCCAUGAACAGAUCCAGAUAGAGGAGUACUCUACAGGCCAUGGCUAUGAGAGCCUGUUUGGGAAAUACCUGGAUGGAUUUCUGACAGAGGUCCAGAUAGAAGACCCAUACAUUAGAUCAACACACCAGAUGUACAAUUUCCUACGUUUCUGUGAGAUGCUUGUGAAGAGUCAAUCUCCUGUGAAUAAAGUCCGUCUAUAUACUGCCAGAGAUGAGAAUGAAGACUCAAGGCAACAACAGCACAAUAGACUGACACAGCUGACAAGGAGUUUACAGAAACACAACAUUGAACUGGUUGUCGAGUAUAACGACUCCUUACAUGACCGAGAAAUCAGGUUCAAUAAUGGCUGGGUUUUGAAAAUUGGACGUGGACUGGAUAUCUACAAAGCUACAGAAUCUAAAUUUACAAUAGGAUUUUGUGACUUUGACCUUCGACCUUGCCACAAAACAACAAUUGACAUAUUCCAUACAAAUUAUUUACACAGGACAGACAAUGUGUAGUUAUCUGUGAUCAUGAUGUCAUUGGAAACGGUGUUGUUGAAUUGUAAUGUUUUUGUCACUGGUAUAUUAUUGAAAGUUGUUGGAUGAAAAUAAGAUUAUGAUGUAAUCCUGACUGCUGUGUGUGAUAAGUUACCGAUGCAAAUGUCAUUAAUUAAUAUGUCUUCCAGCAAUGUCAUCAAAUUCUUAUAUUGUUCUGUAUAAUGUGACUUUAAAUGUUAUUCAAUAAAACUAUUAGUAAUGCUAUUUUUAGCUCUCCUGAUUGAAGGACAAACAAGCUAAAAUUUAGAUGAUUAUAUUGCUACAAUAAACAUGACAGGAUGAAAUGCUAACAAUUUUCGUGGACGAGUAUGGUAACGUUGAUUCAGUUUUAAGUUUACAAAUGUCACAUGUUUCUUUUCUGGAAAUUACAUCUGAGUAACCAACAACUGGUCAAGAUGAAAGUUUAGAGUGCUAUGUAAAAGUUAGAAGGAGGGUUGGUAAGGGAGAUGAGCCUUCUUUUUAUUUCGCUAGUGUACUUUAUCAUCAGUUUGGAUUUUUCUAGUUGGUUUUUUUAUCCAAAAAUUUUACUGUGAUCAUGUGAACAUUUGGUCACAUUCCGGAAUAAGCCCGGGUGCUCCCUUCCCCAGUAAAACUGGCGUUAUUAAAGGAUGAUGUCAUCAUAUACUGUGUGUUGUGUCCUACAAAGCAUUAUGUUAUCAGUAAAGGAUGAUGUCAUCAUAUAUUGUGUGUGUUGUGUCCUAUAUAGCAUUAUGUCAUCAAUAACUCAAUUAGGUACCAGUACACAGUGGGAUUUUAAACAAUAAGGUAAUUUAUUUAUGGCAUCAGAUUUCAAAAUUCAAAAGUUUUCAUGUUUAUUAGUUUGUUGUCUGGUGGUUAUGUGAUAUCUCAGAACAAACUGUUUUUUUAAAUUAGGUAAUCGUGAUAUAAAUAUUUACCAGAUGUUUGUGAUUAAGCCAACCAUAGGAUUGUAACAGGUAUCAGGUCAGCAUGGAGAAUGCCAUCCAUAAAAAUUACGCAAAGUCAAUCUUUAAGAUAAUAUGAAUCAACACUGUGUAUAAAUCAACUUCAGGGAAAAUCUUUCAGAUUUAAAAAACAUUUUCAAACCUCUACUUGUACCUUUUAGAAGGAAGUUAUAAUGAAGCAGAGAGACUUGCUCGCGUUCACAAUAACUUCCCUUUUAUUUGUUUCUUUUUCUGUAAUGAUGACAUGUAAUAAAAACAUAUCUGUCACUAAUUUCACAACCUAGUUUUCUUUUAAUGUUUGAAAUUUUAUGAAAUAAAGAUGGGAUCUGUUAAGCCCAUCAUUAAAGAGAAUCAUGUUUGAAGAGCUCCUCCAGUUUAAUGGAUUAUAUAGUGAAGCAAUAAUGGUAAAACAUAAUACAAUAUGUAGCCUGUUAAUAUGUAUUGACCCUGAUUGACAAAGAUCUAAGAUGAGAUUAAUCUGCUGACAAACUCUUCUUUUCGAAUUUCUCUUCGUUCUUUCAAUUAGUAAAUUGUCCAAAAUGUCAAUAGUUUUUGUUGAUUUAUUUAUAAGUACUUCCACAAUCAGUAAUUUAUAGUUAUUAAGUAAAAUAUGACAGAUACAAAAUAAGCCAAACCUAUCAUCAUGAUUUCCAUCUUUUUCAUUCAAGAGUGUUUUCAGUUUUCUUAUGGAUAUUUUUUCACCAUUUUUUUUUACAUAUAUACAUUCUUUUCACAAUAACAUGAUAUUAUCUGAAAUUGAUGUAUUCAAACUCCUGCAUACUUGUAAUAUAGGACAAAAUUUAAAUGAAUGAUCUUUUCCCAUAAUAGAUUAACAUCCUGCAUAAUGCUGCUGGUAAAAUGUCUAGAGAUAUUGUUCUGCGAAGGGAAAUAACUCCUGCGAUCUUCUCCUUGAGCAGCAAACAUGGACCAGGAAUUUGUUCUGCUUAUUUAUGUUCCAUGUGAGCCUUUCAUUAAAUACAUGUCAUAUCUCUGGUUUUAUUUUCAUGACUGUUUAUUUAUAUCCCAAAAUAAGAAUAAUUUUGUUAAUGAAAUAAACAUGCCAAAUAAACAUGA